GAAGAAGAAAGUGAUGCUGAUGAAGAUGAGGUUGAAGAAGAGCCUGAAAAAGAGUCACAAAUGCCUCCACCUGUUGCUCCUCCUCCGAUGAUACCCUCAAAUGUAACAAUUCGUAAAAACUAUGAUCCUAAAGUGAAACCUUCUACAUUACUUUCUUCACUGGCAGAUCAGUUCCUAAUAUCACCACUUACUGGAGAAAAAGUUCCUGUUGAAUCAAUGGCUGCCCACAUGAAAAUAAAUUUACUCGAUCCAAGAUGGAAAGAGCAGAAAGAAAAGGCAAUUGAAGAAAAACGUCAACAAGAGCAAGUGUUUGCAGAAGGUGUGCAUAUUGGAGAUACAUUAAAACAACUUGCUGAGCGUCGUUCUGAUAUAUUUGGUGUUGGUGCUGAAGAAACUUACAUUGGUAAAAAACUUGGUGAAGAAGAAGGACCUAAAAAAUCUGGAUUGGAGAUUUGGGAUGGUCAUACUGCAAGCAUGGAGCGUACAACCAAGCUUGCACACUCUAACAUUACGUUUGAGGACCAAAUUAAAGCUAUACAUAGAUCGAAAGGUUUGCUACCAUCAGAAGAUGCUGAAAAAAUUGGACCUGCAAUACCUAACAGCACUGCUUCUAAUACUGAACCAUCCAAGUCUUUUGUACAACAAACUCCUGUAUCCAAACCAUUUCUUUUACCACAAGCUCCUGCUCCAGUUUCUAUUCAAAGUACUAUUUCGCAACCAAUAUUUAACCAAUCUGCUCAAUCAGGAUUUAGCCAAACUACACAACCAGAAAAUACAUCUAUAACCACUUCAAUUCCUUCAACUCCUUCAAUACCCCCUCCAGCAACUCAACUUAUUCAACCCAUCAGUGUUACACCUCAACUUCCUCCACAACCUCCUGUUGCUCCUGGUAUUCCAGCUCCACAACCACAAUCUAUUCGUAUGGCUCCUCCAACACUUAUUCCUCUCCCUCAUACAAUGAUGAUGCCUCCACCAAGAUUAAUGGUCCCUCCACUUGGUUCAAUUUUUCCUGCUCCACCAAUAUUACAACCUGUUCGAGAGGAAGCACCUUUAAUCCUUCCUCCUCCAAAAGAUGAUGAUGAGCCUCAAUCUAAAAAAUCUAAACUUGAUGAAACAGAUACAGAGUUAGUUUCUGAGGCUGAGUUUCUACAAAAUAAUAAACUUCCUGUUACAUUCAGAGUACAAGUUCCUGAAAUUCCUGAAAAACCAGAGUGGCAGUGCCAAGGCCAAGUAAUAUCAAUAACCCUGCCUCUUACAACACAAUGCUCUGUUAUAAAGUCAAAGAUAAAUGACAUGAUUGGCAUGCCUGCUGGUAAACAAAAAUUGCAAAUAGGGAACUUUUUCAUUAAAGAUUCAAACACCCUUGCAUAUUAUAACUUUUCACCUACAAGUCUUGUUCAGUUGCAAGUAAAAGAACGUGGUGGCAGAAAAAAAUAAUAAAAUGGUUGAAAUAGAUUAUUACUUGAAAUAGUGUUUAAGAAUGCAGGUCAACAAAUCUAAUUUAUGAACAGACAAUUUUGAUUGGUUUAUUAUUGUAAGAACCAUAGUAUUUUUUGAUAACAAAUAAAAUGAUUUUUAUCAAAAAA